GCUCAAGCCUCUGGCUCGAGCUUGACCCCCACAAAUCCCAGGGCACGCCUGUCGUCAAGACGGCGACGGGCGGCGUGACUCAUGGGAAAGGGCGAGUUUGCCACGACCGAGUCUGUGGCCGAGCUGAAGGCAGAGCUGCGGCAGCAGGCGGCGACGGCCGCCCAGCGGGAAGACGCCGCGCGGGCCCAAUCUAAGCAGGUCGACCGCGACUUCAACCAACAGAUCCAGGCGCUGACAAGGACCGUGCAGGGCCAGGAGGAGAGGGCGGAGGCGCAGGACCAGGAGCUCAAGCGGCUCAAAGAGCAGGCGGCGCGGCUGCGGGCCGAGCUGGAUGCCGAGGCGGAGAAAGUGCAGGAGCAGCAGGUGCAGACCAAAGCCUUGGAGACCUCCGUGGACAGUGUAGAAAGCCUGGCGAAGCAGAAUUACCAGGCGCUGCACGAGAUGCAGGAGCAAGCGCGCAAAGAGCAAAUGGAGGAUCUGAAGAAAGCGCGUCAGGACUUAGAAAAGCACGCGCUGGAGGUAGCAAAGAAAGAUGCCUCAGAGGCUUCGGAGAAGGCCAAGAAGGACUUGGACGGCGCCAAGAAAGAGGUGAGAGGGGAGAUGAGCAAAGGCCUGCAACAGCUGCAGGAGAACCUCUCCGAGAGCAUGAAGAAGACCUUCGAGUCCCUGGAGAAGAACUUGAAGGAGACCAGGGAAGCUUUGGAGGCGCGGUGCGACGCUGUGCUGAAAGAGACGCGAGAGAAGCAGCAGGCAUUGGAGCUGUCUCUAGCCGACGCUCGGAAGGCCCAGGAGGAGGCCCGGGAGCAGACGGAUCAGCAGCUGGCGGAGGAGAAGAGGAGCCGGGAGGCGCAGGAGGCGGCCUUCAAGCAAGACCUCCAGCAGCUGCACGAAGAUCUGAAGGAGAGAAGCAAGGAGCUCAGGGAGCAGGACUUGGGAUGCUUGGAGCAGCUCGGGCAGUUGCGGCGUGAGACUGAUGAGCGGAUCUCGGCCGUGCUGGCGGAGUGCCGGAGCGACCUCCAGCUGCUGCAAGGCGAGACGACCCGCCUCGGCGGCUAUUGCGCGGGCGUGUCCGGCCUGCCCACACGUCAGGUGGAAUGGCGACUGAACGAAGACACCAUCCAGCAGCUGGAAAAGGUGCAGGACCGCGUGUGUGUGGACGACCCGGCGCUGGAGGGUGAUGCCCAGACCAGCUUCUUCUCCCCGCCCUUCGAGGCGGCGGGGGCCCGCGGAAUGCAACUGGAGCUUCGCGUGCACACGCGAAAUGGCGAAGAAGAGGAGGGCCGCAAUCAGUGCUCGCUGUACCUCUGGGCGCCUAAGGGCCUGCAGCUGGUCUUUCGGCUCUUCAUGGGCACCGAGUCGGUGAUCCUGCGCCACGGCUUCGAUGGCAAGGCCCCCUGCGGCCUGAAGCGGAUGGGUUCCAUCAUGGAGCAGAAGCAGAUGGAUGGCUCCUUACGACUGGGCAUCGAGAUCCACGAGUCGCUCAUGGAGAGCACAGGAUCUGGCUCAGGUGCCAUCUCCAACCCCAUGGACGAGACCUCCGUCACCCAGGGUCCGGUGGAUGGAAACCUCGCGGUGCAGCGCUACCUGAACCACCGGCUCCUAGAGCUCAUGCAAUCCCAAGGGAAGGCCUUCUUGGAUCAGCUGCACAAGAAGGUGGACGUGAUGCGGUCCCGGGCCAUCCGACGGGUGCAGUGGCGUCUGGAGAACGGGCCCUUGCUCUUAUCCUUCGCCAAGGAUCAGGCUGUGCGCAGCACUGCUUUCCAGGCAGCAGGUAUCAGCGGCAUGCAGCUGGUCUUCUACCCGCAGGGCUGCGCAGGCGCGCGCCCGGGCUUCUGCUCCUUCUUCCUGAGCUGCCCCCCGGGCUGCACCCUGCGCUGCUGGCUCUGGGCGGGGCGCUGGCGCCGCGAGGCCCGGCCCGAGCCCGCGGAGCAGCCGGAUUGCGUCGGCCGCGUGAACUUUGCGCGGUUUGAGAACGUCAUCGACCCGGUGGAUGAGUCCGUGGAGCUGGUGCUGGAGAUCGAAGAGGCCCAGCAGGCCAAGGCCCUCAGCAGCUCAGCAGCUGAUGGUAGUCAGCUGGAGAACUCCCGUGUAGAGAGCAGCGAGUUCAAGCCAGGAGCCACGCAGUCGCUGACGGAGAACUCCAAGGAUGUUCGCCUGGAGCGGUCGGACGUGGCCACGAUGAAGAUCCGCCACGACGGAAAAGCGUCGGAGGCGGGCACCCAGCAGCUGCCGUCCAUUUGGACCUCUCAGGGCUUCCACAGCUUCGAUGAGGAGCAGAUGAGCAGAGGUCCCCCUCCAAGUGCCAAGGGCCAGUCGGCGCCACCCACGCCGCGGCGACCUCCCGAGGGAGGACGCCCGAAGGGGCGAAAAGGUGGCAAUGGCAACGCCAACGGCCGUGCAAUGUCCGCCAGGGACAAGUACAAGGAGUACGGCCACAGCAGCCAGCCCCUCCCGCAGCCCUCGUAUUGAGCUUGCUUGGAGAUGUGGAGAGUUUGUCCUUCGGCAUGCAGUGGCGAGCAACAUCCAAGCUUUGUAGCGUUUCACCCGAUGCCCGCGCCGAGCCUGCGACUCCCUCAAAGGCCAGAAGCAGACCCCGCAAAUCGAAGA